UGUGUCUCACAGCAUCAAUUUCUUUCUCCAGUUCCCGCCGGCUUUGCCCUGUUCCUGCUCUGCUACAUGGAAACUUUGCUGACCUCCCAUACGGCGCCCACCCAUCGCCUACCAACAAGUGAUGUACGGAAAAUCAUCUUGGAAUUACAGCCCCUGUCGAAGGGACUUUUGGAAGACUACCUGAAGAAAGAGAUGGGGCUGCCGGAAUCCAACCACUCCUGGAUGCCGUGUCUCACCUCUGACUCCCAAGCACCGCACAUCAACAGCUCGGCCAUCCUGCCUUAUUUCAGGGCGAUCAGACCAUUAUCAGAUAAGAACGUUAUCGAUAAAAUCAUCGAACAGCUUGACAAACUCAAGUUCCAACACGAGCCAGAAACAGAAGUUUCUGUGCCUGCAGAUACCUUUGAAGGUAAAAGCUUCAUCUUGACGAUUCUACAACAGUUCUCGGCGUGCCUGGAACGUGUGUUUAAAUCGCUGAACCCUGGACCCCAGUAGGUCCUGCAAGGCCCUCUGGUUGAACCUAUAUUCCUUUUGGAACGGCGGACAUGUAUGAAGGCUUGAGACAACAUGACUGACAGCCAAGUGUGACAACUCUCCUGUGAACUGUCAAGUAAAUUAUUCCAAUGAAUAAUCUCAAUGAAUCCCCAGAUGGGCUACUCUUUGGAGGACUGAGGUGUAAACGUGUGAAUUAACUUGAAAAGACUUCAGGUUAUGUCAUUGUUAUCACUCUUGGUAUUUAUAGAAUGUUUUUCCUCUGCAGACUUAAAUCUUAUCCUCAUUAUGCCUCUGUGAAGGCAGGAGGGGGCACCCAUGUUAAUUUAUUGGUUUUAUUAUAUUGAGAGUUGUUAACGCUCCUUGAAGGAGCCCUCGGGAAUUAUUUAAUAAAUUAUAUUGGAUUUUUCUCAUAAUCUGUUUUGGAUUUUGUAAGGGGGUUAAAAUUAGUGGCUGGGAAUCCAAGCUGGGUAGCACUGGGGCUGAGGGAGCAUGGGACAUGCUGUGGAAGUGGAGACCAUUUCUCUCACUUGUACUUCUCCCCA